AUGACAGGCAAUGGAAUAUAUAAAGGCUCUACAGAGCCUAAUUUUCGAAAAACAUGGGAUUUGGCAGAAUAUGCACAAAAAGCAGCAGAAAGAGAAGCAGAAGAAAAGAAAAAUGCUAAAAUAAGAUGGGAAAAGAAGCAUGGAAAGUUUAAGCGGGAACCAACGCCUCCAGAUGUUAAAAUUGUUGAAGCAAGAGAUAAAUUAAAUCUUGAAGAAAACUUGAACAAAACAGUGCUUGUUCCAUAUGGAGCAUCUGUAGGACGACGAGGAAAAGGGGCUGGAUACUAUUGUGAAACGUGUGAUGAAACUUAUAAGGACUCAAAUAGUUGGAUUGAUCAUUUAAACAGCAAACAACGUAUCAUCCGUAUUUUAGCAAAUUUAAGGGCAACAAAUCAAACAUUGCGACAAGAUCGAGCAACACUCGAUGAUGUAAGGAAAAGGCUUGCAUGGUUAAAACAAAAGAUUGCAGAUGAGAAAAAACAUGUGGAAUUUAAUUUAAGUCAAAGAAUUUCUGAAAGAAAAGCUAUUGAGGAAGAAGAACGUAAAGAGAAGAAAGAAAAGAAAAAGAUUAGAUUGAAAGAAAAACAGUUAAAUACAAAAAAAGAUGAUGAUUUGAUUUCAGUGGAAAACGAUACAAUUGCUCAAAUGAUGGGAUUUGAAAAUUUUGGGUCGACAAAACUCUAA